AUGCCGUGCUCGGCUCUGCCACUGGGGAGGAGUAUCCAGCAAUGUUGCAGGAGUUCCGUGCGCACUAUCGAAGAUAAGGAGCCGUUCUUUGCAAAGGGUGGUACAGUGAAGAAGCUGGAUUGGGAUGAAAUCUCAGAGUUGCGAGUUCCGUUGAAGCAUCUCGAGAAGACGCUCGAGCAACACACCGACAAGAGGAACAAGCGCGCGAUCAUCAUCUCGGUGAACGAGCAUGAGAUGCAGGCCGUGGAAGAAGUCGUCCAGAAGCACAAUGCAAAGGACGGCUUCACGGAGGUGGACGCGGCGUGGGCGACCAAGGACGACGUGUACUGA